AUGCAGAGCCUCUCGGAUUUCGACCAAGCGUCGAUCCGGUCAUACACACAAAUCGCCCUGACUUUUCCACUUGCUCAGGGCACGUCGACCACGGCGGUCAUCCAGCACCUGAGGUCAUCUCUCGCCCGCCUAGGAGAGAAACUCCCGUUUCUCGCCGGCAGGGUUCGCCUCCGAAAAACACGCUUUGGUGAGGAAGCAUACAUCUCACCCGGAAAUACGGGAGAUAUUCCCUUGCGGAUCGCCAUUCUAGCUGGACAACAAUUCAAUGUUGCCGAAGUCGUCGGUUCGAGCUACGCCAAGCUCGCAGCUCGCGGGUUCCCUGCUCAUGCAUUCGUUCAUCCCGCGUUGGAUCUGAACGACGACUUCAAGAUCGAGGAGAAGCCCGUUCCUGUCGCUCACGUCCGCGUUAGCGUUGUCACUGGAGGGCUUAUUUUGUUGUUGUCGCUGCAUCACACGGCUGGGGACGGGUACUCACUUCAGCUCUUCGCAGACUCAUUCGCCGCUGCAACGCGUAGAGAGCGAAUUCCCGGCGAGAAUCUAUCUCUUGAUUUAAAACUUCCUAACGAACAAAGGCCCUAUUCGGCCACUCUUCUGGACCUAUCCAGGACUUGUCCAGAGUUUAACAUUCUCUUGAACCCAAAUUCAAGCCCAGGCCUGGAAGAUACGCUUCCAGGAGGCGUCCCAAUAGGUGCGAUCCCCAAGACAGGUAAGAUCUUUGUAUUUGACUUUGGCCGCCUACAGAAGCUUCGUGACAUGGUGUACAUGGCCUCGGGCCCCGAGACGAAGCGACCGACCGUUUUUGCUUGCCUCGCCGCGUUCACCUGGGCGCAUGUGACGCGAGCACGACUCAAAAGCGAGGUAGGAUUCGCCCCCAAACACGAAGACUCUAAUGAAGCAAAGCUGUUCAUCCCUGUUGACUUUCGUGGCCAGUUUAGCAAGGAGACAGAGGUGUAUUUCGGAAACGCCGUUGUUACGGUCCCUACUCGGGCUUCGGUCAGCGAGGUUGAAUCAGCCUGUGACGGUAAGAACCUGAAGCCUCUGGCCACACUAUUAGCCAAGGUUGCCGCCACCAUCUCCGGCGUUGACGAGGCAGCUGUACUCCGUCGAGAAGACUUGUUCAGCAGGAUUGGAGACUGUAGGCGUCUUGUCCUGAGACAGGACCGAAGAAUACCAGGGCAGCUUCAGUUCAACACCUGGCGUUUCAUGGGCGGUGACACCUCAUGGAGCCUCCCUGGUGUGGGCACAAAGAGAAAGCCGGAUUCAAUACGAAGGAUUCAAGGAGACUUGAGCAUCGGAAACGCACUUAUCCUGCCAGCAAGGUCGGAUUCGAAGGUUUACGAGCUAUUCCUCCAGAUUCCUACGAUAUCAAUGGAGCUACUUUUGGAAGACAUGGACUGGAUGCGAUGGGUCGAAAAGGUCGUUGGAUAG